AGAUUUUCAGAAAAUCGGUAAAGAUUUAAGAUGCUCUGAAUAUGUCCAACUUCACAAGCUUCGUAGAUUACGCGGAAAAGCCGCACGUCGCAGCAACAAGCCAGACACCAAUACCGCCGUCACCGUUGAACGAAAAACGGCCAAUUCCACUGUUUCCAAACGAAAUCAGCAGCUCUUCGUGCGAUGACGUCUCGUUUUCCAUGCAAUUCGGAGAAUCUGAGCAGGGACAUGUUAUAUGUACAAAAGUUCGACUUCGAUUCUAUCCUGCCGUGGUGAAAGAGAGAAAUCUUCCGCAAAGGUCGAAAUUUUUCGACGAUUUCUACGAUGUUCCGCUCACUGCGAUCGCCAGAAUUGAGGUGGCCAUUGUGAAAGGUAACAGUAAAGGAAAAGCGGACAAAUUUCAACGCCUCGAGACAAGCCUAUCAACAAUGGAAACAGUAUCAAUAAUUCGUCUAAUAUUAAAAGAUGUCAGAGUUGUUACAAUUGACUUGAGAAGAUCUCAAAAUGCAAAUAUAUUGGCUAAUCAAAUACUCUACUUCUCGAAAAGUGGACCAAUCGAAAAAAUGACUCAAGUUGGAGCUGCUAUGGAGGAGCGCGGUGUGAAGGCGAAAACAGCAUUCAAUAGCUACGAAGCAUGGCGUUCGGAACUCCAAAGGUGCCAGCAGAAGACGGAUUCAACGUCUGUCUGGAAAAUUGUAGCACUUAACAAAGAAGGCUUCAACUAUGCGGCUCAGGGCUACCCUGUGUACGUAGUAGUGAGCAACUUCUUGGAUCGUGUGGACAUUGAACGACAACUACAACACUACAAACAAGGACGAUUUCCGAUUUGGGUGUGGUCUCGGGCGAACGGACACUCGGCGUUAUUCGUUUCGGCGGAUCACGAGAACAAUAUCGCGAUGCCGGCGAUUUUGGCGAAAAUGCAAGAAAGUAUCACCCGUUGCCAUCCGAAUAACGAGAAGCCGCAUGUUAUAAAAUUGGACGUCGAUUUUGUGUCGAAUGUUGGAAAAGCUUUUGAUAAUCUUCUAUCGCUUUGUGCAAUUGACUCCUACGAGCAAUACGUUACACUGCAAAACGGUUGGAAUACGAAACUCUCGAGAACCGGAUGGCUUCAUCUCGUCAAGCUGUGCCUUCAGACUACCUAUCAGACGAUUCAAUGGAUUGUUGAUAGAGAUCGAUCGGUUAUUUUACAGGAAGACGAAGGAUCAGAUAUGUCGAUUAUUGUGGCCAGCCUCACGCAAAUGUGCUGUGAUCCAUUUUACAGAACAACUACGGGUCUUCAACAACUCAUCGAAAAAAUGUGGAUUGCCCUUGGCCACCCAUUUGGUGAACGGCUACUCGGAAGAACCGACGAUGAUCCAUCGAGACGUGGAAAACCACAGAAUAAAAUGAGAACUGACGUCAUGCCGACGUGGUUGCUCUUCUUGGAUUGUGUUUCACAGCUACAUCGAAUAUAUACAUUUGAAUUCACAUUCUCUCCACACGUUCUCAUUGCACUAUGGGAUCUUUCAUUAACUGGAAUGGUUCCAUCAAUGGCUUGUAAUAAUCUGGAAGAGCAAUUACUCGCAAAAGUCGGCGGUGGACCAUUCCCAUUGGAUCGAUAUUUUGAGAAAAGCUACUCGAAAUUAUUUGGAAAUAUUUGGCACGACGCAGUGCUUUUUAUGGAAUCUAUUAAGAAAAAUCAACCAGUGUGUGCUCACUCGAAAUUCCUUCAAUGUGAAUUUAUUCGGCCACCGACGUCGUUUUGCGAUAUUCAACUGUGGUCCGAGUGCUAUCUUCGAUGGAUUCCUCCGGCAAACGGGAAAAAUUCGGGAAAACUCGGCGAAGAACUCUCGCUGGACGAGAAAAUGAUCGAAAUGGCCAAAAAAUGGAACAGUUCCGAGUGGAAAAUGCAUUUGGACCUACCGGAAGAGUAUUCAUCUGCAUAUCCUUACUCGAUUCCGGAGAUUUCCCGCCCAAUAAUGGAUUUAAAUGAUUUUGAUAUGAUCCGGCCGGAUGAUUUCGACGCAAUGUCCAUGAAUUCAUCCAUCAACUCAUAUUCGUUCGUUAAUACGCCAGUUCGUAACAACACGACAACAGAAUCAAUAUUCGAUCAUUCGACACUUGAGAAACGAAAUCGUCGAGCAGCUGCCACAAUUGGCUCCGAAUCGCCAGUUAUUCAAAUGAGACCAAAAGAGCAAAUUGUCGGAUAUUCGAAAUAUGCAUUUGAUGAUUCAUUAUCACCAAGACCACAUUCCCGAACUGUUGAGACGCCUAUUUUAAAGAAUUCCCCAUCGCCCUCCUACACCCCAUUUCACCCGACGCCCGUUCACCGGAGCAACACCGUCCGUGCCGACAAUCGCCCAAUUCCCCCGCCCCGGCCGCAGGGCCUAGGAACACUGACCCCAUCACGCCCCGAGAUAAGAGCUCAUCGAGAUGAUAUAGAGAGCCCUACUAUUCGGGUCACAAGAUUUUGAAGAAAAAGUUAUACUUUUAUUUUAAUUUCCGCUCAAAAUCGGAAUUUUCUAUAAAUAUGCCCCUUUAAAUUGAGCUACAGUAGUCACGUCGAAAAAUUUUCAAUUUUUUUGAAUUUUUUGAAUUUUUUCAUCCAGUUAUAAAAAAAAGCUUGCCCCUCAGCUCUACCCCAUUUUUCUUUCAUUUGUCACCUACUUCCUUCAUAUAUGCCCGGUUAAUUAUGUAUUUUUUGAUGCUUUUUUAGUCCCGCCACGGUUUUUUUCAUUUCGAAAAGUCGAUCGAUUAUCGAUUUUUUCGAAAAUUUGGAAAAUUUGGAGAAAAUCUAAAUAUUAUCGAUUUUAAGCUAAAAUUUUAAGAUUUUAUUUUUUCAAAUAAAAUUUUGGAAAUGUUUUUUUGAAAAAAAAAGUGCAAAAAACACUCAAGGGAAAAUUUUUAAAAAAUUGGAAAAAAUCUUGAAAGUUUGUCGAUUUUUCAGUGUGCAUUUUGGAGUUAUCGGUUUUCUUUCCGAAUUUUCAUCAAAUUUAUUUUUGAUCUACCAAAAAAUCUCUAAAACCCCGUGGCGGGAACCUACUUCACUUUUAUUCUGCAUAAUUAGACAAAAAUGUGAUUAUUUUCUCAUUUCAAAACUUGUUACAUAUUUUGUGUUGUGAUACAUAUGUCUAAAUUUUUACGGACUGAAAAAAUACUUUUU